CACAUCCACUCACAGAAAUACAUCCUCCCUCCCUUUCCGCUCUCUCUUCCCCCUUCAAAUAUCCCUUUCACCUCUCUUCUCCUCACAAGUCACAUUCUUUCCUUCCAAUCCAAAUUCCUCUCUCUCUCUCUCUCUCAAAAACUCAACUCUUUCAGUGCACAAAAGGCGAAGAAAACAACAACAAAGAAAAGCUUCAAACAGAGAAAAAUGGCGGCGAGGGUAGAUCUGGACGGGAAACCAAUCAAGCCUCUGACGAUAUGCAUGAUCGGAGCUGGUGGUUUCAUUGGCUCCCACCUCUGCGAAAAGCUCAUGGCGGAGACGCCGCACAAGGUGUUGGGUCUCGAUGUCUACAGCGACAAGAUCAAGCACCUUCUCGAGCCCGCGGGGGCUCACCCUUGGUCCGAUCGCAUCCAGUUCCACCGCCUCAACAUCAAGAACGACUCUCGCCUCGAAGGCCUCAUCAAGAUGUCAGAUCUGACGAUAAAUCUGGCGGCGAUUUGUACUCCGGCGGACUACAACACGCGUCCACUCGAUACGAUUUACAGCAAUUUCAUCGAUGCGCUCCCAGUGGUUAAGUACUGCUCAGAGAACAAUAAGCGUCUCAUUCACUUCUCUACUUGUGAGGUGUACGGGAAAACGAUUGGGAGCUUUCUUCCUAAAGACAGUCCUCUUCGUAAGGAGCCAGAGUAUUUCGUUCUUAAAGAAGAUGAAUCCCCAUGCAUUUUUGGCCCUAUUGAGAAGCAGCGAUGGUCCUAUGCAUGUGCAAAGCAGUUGAUUGAGAGGCUGAUUUAUGCUGAAGGUGCAGAGAAUGGUAUGGAGUUCACAAUUGUGAGACCUUUUAACUGGAUUGGACCCAGAAUGGAUUUCAUUCCUGGCAUUGAUGGUCCAAGUGAGGGCGUUCCCAGAGUUCUGGCAUGCUUUAGCAAUAAUCUACUGCGUCAUGAGCCACUCAAGCUUGUGGAUGGUGGUGUUUCCCAGAGAACAUUCGUUUAUAUAAAGGAUGCAAUUGAAGCUGUUAUGUUGAUGAUCGAAAAUCCCGCUAGAGCCAAUGGCCAUAUUUUCAAUGUGGGCAACCCUAACAAUGAAGUUACAGUUAGGCAGCUUGCUGAAAUGAUGACUGAUGUUUAUUCAAAAGUAAGUGGUGAACCUUCUCUGGAAGAACCUACAGUUGAUGUGAGCUCCCAAGAAUUCUACGGUGCUGGAUAUGACGAUAGUGACAAGAGAAUUCCUGACAUGACCAUAAUCCAUAAACAACUUGGUUGGGACCCCAAGACAUCGCUCUGGGAUUUGCUUGAAUCAACACUCACCUAUCAACACAGGACAUAUGCUGAGGCUAUGAAGCAGGCCAUUGCAAAACCAGCUGCCAACUAAUGCAAGUUGGUGUUCAGUGGCACUUACGAGAAGGGGGAUUCUUGCUUAGGUUGCUGUUGUCUACAAUUCUUUUUACGGAAGUCCUAUAAUAUAUGUUAAUCUUUGAUUCCCACAUACCCUAUUUUUUGUUUUUUUGGUCUUUCCUGUGUCACUAGUCUCAUAGCUGAAGUAGCUCAGGAAUGUGUUCUGGAUAUCUCUGGAGAAGACCUUGGAUUCUGUUACUGAACUCUAUCGUAUAACUGUAAUUGUCAGUAGAGCUUGGCUACGACAUGUUGGGGGCCAUUAUACAAGGUUUAUGUUCUCACCUUCUCAUGGGGUAAUGGUUGUCAUUUCCCUAUUUUGUCACUCUCAGGGCGCGUUGUAUUAUUUAUUUAUCUUGUUUGAGUCGUAUUCUAAAUUAUUAUUGUUAUUAUUUAUUAAUCUCAGGCAAUUCUUUUGGUUGCUGGGUUCUACUUCUA